AUGGCCUCCCCACCUCCCGCCGCCGCGCUCGAUGGCCGCCACAGCGCCGGCCUCCCCAUCUCCCGCUGCGCCAUGGCCGCUCCGACCAACCUCCCCCCAUCUCCCGCCGCGCCAUGGCCGCCCGGCCCAACCUCCCCCAUCUCCCGCUGCGCCAUGGCCGCUCCGCCCGACCUCCCCCCAUCUCCCGCCGCGCCAGGGCCGCAGCGCCAUGGUCGCCGCGCCAUGGCCGCCCCGCCUAACCUCCCUCCAUCUCCCGUCGCGCCAGGGUCGCCGCGCCCGACCUCCCCCAUCUCCCGCCACGCCAAUUUGUUUCGGUUUAGGAGAACGAAGAAAGAAGAACCAGACGCGCCACCGCUUGGAGCCUCCGUCUCCGGUGCUAUGUUCGGCGACACCAGCGACGGCGAGAUUAGGGUGGACAAGCAGGCGCGGGCGCUCGACUCACUCGAUCUCGUCGCGGGCCACGCUAGCCUGACCACAAUCUGUGGCACUGGGCAAGAUGGCUCUGUAGCUGAUGACUCCAGGUCGGCCGAUGCCGGGGAGCACUGGAGUGCCGUCCGCUCCCUGCUGGCUUCCUUGGCCUCCCUCGCCACGUCCUUGCGGCUCCUCUACACCCACACCACCUGCCCGGAGGUGACUGUGGUGGGCACGCUUAGCCGCGGCAUCGACGACAUCCUCAUCCCGCGGCUCACGCGGCUGGAGAGCGCGAGUUAG